AUGGCCGACUACGACCGCUCCCCCGCCUCCAUCAUGGCCCUUUCCCAACCCUGCGACGACGAAGACGAAGAAGCCAACGGUCUCCGCCGCAGCAGAAGCGCCGGUGAAGCCUGUAGAUCCAUUUCCACCACCUCGGUUCGUAAACCGCGCGGCCGACCGCCCGGUUCAAAAAACAAGCCAAAGCCGCCGGUUGUUAUAACGCGUGACAGUGAGUCUUCAAUGCACCCAGUUGUCCUCGAACUCGCCGCUGGGAGCGACAUACUCGACUGCGUCGCCGCCUUCGCUCGCCGCCGGCGCAUCGGCGUUUCUAUCCUAGGCGCUAGUGGUGUUGUUUCAAGCCUUGCGCUCCGGCAACCGGCGACGCCUUCGGCGACUUUUACUUUAUCUGGUCGGUUUGAUAUUCUGUCUCUGUCUGGCUCAUUUCUGCCUCCGGGCUCCUCAGCUUCGGCGGCUGCUGGAUUUACGAUAUCAGUGGCGGGAUCGAGAGGGGAGGUUAUAGGAGGGGCCGUGGGGGGGCCGGUGACGGCGGCGGGUACCGUGGUGGUGUUUGGAGCUUCGUUUGUAGCGGCAGAGUUUCAAAGGCUGCCAGCAGAUGUUGAGGAGGAGGGAGGGAGAGAAGACGUUGCAACAGCGGGGGAAGGAUUUGGCGUGUUGGGGCCUGGUAAGCAGUUGACUAGUCAACUUUCGCAUGAUAUGGUGUUAUGGGCAACACCUGCUUCUUCUCGAAGCUUCUCUGCUCCACACUUACGUCCUCCUCCUUCACACUUCUAA